AUGGACGACGACAUCGAACUCGCGAACAAAACGGUCCAGCAGAAAUCGUCGAAAUCUUUCGUCCGCUUGGACAAGGAGAGCUCGGACGAGGACGAAGACGAGAGCGAGAGCGAGGACGAGGAGGAAGCUCUGAUGGACGUGUCGUCGUCUGAAUCGUCGGAUGAAGAAUCGUCGGAUGAUGAAGAGGAAGAAGAAGAGGAAGAAGAAGAGUUUUUGGAAGACUCGGAAGACGACGAGGCUGGUUUGUUACGAGCGAUGAAGGCGCAGAAGAAAAAAUUGGAAUACGCGCGACUGAGGAAUCGCGCGGAACAUUCCGACGAUUCAGACGAGGAAAAGGAUUCCGAGGAAGAAGACGACGUUGGCGUGAGAGGGAAGAGGAAGCAGGAUUUCUACGGCGACGAGGAGAUUGAUCACGAAGACGCGGAAGAGGAGGAGGAUAGGAAGGACGAGGAAGCCGCCGCGAGGGCGGCGCAGAAGCAAAGAGCGGGGAAGAUGCGGCUAGGAGAUUUCGGAUUGGAGGAUGAAGAAGACGAUUCCGAAGAGGAAGCGUCGUCGAGUUCUGAAGAAGAAGAAGAAGAAGAAGAUUCGGAGGAGAUGACUUUACAGCAGAAAGCGCAGAGAAGUAAGUUGGGCGCCAAGAAGACGCCGUUGGAGGAGGAGGAGGAAGAGGAAAAAGGAAAGCAGAAAAAGAAAAAGAGAUCAAAGACGAGCGAUGGAGGUAGUGGCGGCGUAGUCGUUGAAGCGUUGGACGACGACGAAAAGCGCGCUAAACGCGAGAAGUUAGAAAACGCAUCCGCGAACGCCGACGAGGCGGAGGAAGUGAGAGCGUUGGCGGAGGAGUUGCAAAAAACGCUCGCCGAAGUCGAAACCAACGUCGAACCGAUCGUGAAAUCCGCAAAAAGAGGCGAAUACUUAACCGAGGAAGGCAUCUCGUAUUUAGAUACCAAGUACAUGCUCCUCUUGAGUUAUUGCGUGAAUCUCACGUUUUAUUUGUUGAUGAAAUCGGAAGGAAAAUCGAUUAAAGAUCACCCGGUGGUGAUGAGAUUAGUCGAGAUUCGUUCGUACAUCGAAAAGCUUCGACCGAUCGAUAAGAAGUUGCACUAUCAGAAUCACGCGUGGCGAUGCGUUGUUUUUACGUCGACUUUUAUCGCAUUCAUCGAUCGAUUACACAAACAAACUAACGAACGAAUUCUAUUCUUUGUCUCGAACAAAACGCAGAUUGAAAAACUCCUCAAAGUCGUCAACGAAGACGGCGCCGCAGGCGGCGAUAACCUUCAGUUCAAACCGAAUCCGUCCGCUUUGGUCGGACGCGGUGAAGGCGCAGAAGGAGAAGACGAGGAAGGAGACGGCAAAUAUCGUCCGCCGAAGAUGUUACCGACGACCAUGGAACAAGACGAAGAUGGAAAGGAGAAAUCGAACAAGGAAAAAAGACGAGAGAAGGAACAAAGGCGACGCGCGCAAAGAUCUUCGCUCAUCAAGGAACUCGCGCACGAACUCGGCGAAGACCCGGAAGAAAUUCAAGACGGCGAAGCGAACGACCGCAACGCGUUUGUCAAGAGAGAACACGCACGCAUGGAAGCUCGCGCGAGAAUUGAGGAAGAUUUGUUUACGCGGGUUCCGUUGACGAAACAGGAACGCAAGCGACAAAAUGCAACGACGAGAAACAUCAGCUCUAUCGCGGCGAUUGGUGACUUUGGCGACGACGUUGCGGAUUUAGUAGAACGUGCGCAAGAGCUGGACGAAUUACCGUCCAACGAUAGGAAACGAAGAUUAGUAGAUGUCGUCCAAGAUGGCAACAGGUCCGUGCCAAUUGGCAUGAGAUCUGGGAGAAGAGACACGGGAGAGGAAGACGUGCCGUUACGCGACACGCUCGGGGUACGUUUGUUCUUGCUUGAUUUUAUCGCAUCGUUUUUCCUAACAAUUUCGGCAUCAUCAUAUCGAAGCUUCGAUAAGUCUUUCCCGUGGUUUAUCGUUGUCAAAUUUGAUGCUAAAAUAAUCACCGAAUGA